AAAUACAAAUUGUAACAUGACCAGGCGGGCAGCUUGCACCGAACCUCAAAGUAGAUGACGGUAAAAUAUUCAAACAUAACGUGUUAAUCUGCCUAAAUUGCCAUUGCAAUUAUUAAAAAACUUUGAAAAUUACAUUUAAGUGAUUUCUUUGAUAUUUGCAGGCCGAUUUGAAAAUCUUUUGUCGUCUGGAUGACGUUAAGAAGAAACAGAAAUACAGUGCCCUAUAAUACAACGAAAAACAACAACUGGACAGUGAACGUCUGGAGGGAUUGGGCUGCAAACCGCAACCUACAACCGGAAACUAAGCAAGAGCCUGGUUAUCCUAUUCCCGUUGAUUUAGAGCAGUUCCGUUCAUGUGCAGAAAUGGAUUUUUGGUCGCAACGAUUCAUCUGUGAAAUUGAAAGGAAAAAAUGGAGAAUUCUUUCCUCCAACAACUUUACUAAACAUUGCUGCAAAGCUACAACGGUAUUUUCGACAUUAAACGUAACUUUGUUAAAACUGAAAAUCCUUUUUUUCUCUCUACUUCAGAAUAUCUGCUUCACGCAUGCGCGAGUUGACGUCGAAGUCAACUAUUAUUAAAAGAGUGGAGAUUUUUACAAAAUGUGGAAAAAAAAGUUUGUCAUGGAAUUAUGAAAAAUGUAUAUUCUGUAUGAUUUUUUUAAAGAUAUGUGUUAGUUUCGAAUUUUGAAAUUUCUCUCACUUCAUAUCUAUUAUUUCAGUGAUCAGCUACAAAUUGUUUUCUAAUGUCUGAAUUAUUACAAUUUGGGCAUAGGAAAUAUACUGUUUCAAUAUUUUUUAUACAAUAAUGUAAAAUCUUGGAUUGAUAAAUAACCGUAUGAAAUCGCUUUCUUAUUUGUUUACUUUAUUCGCAUGCUACAUUCAUUGUCUAAUUUAAAACUCCGCCCAUAUCUGUUACGUCAUAUUUGCCAGAUACCUGUUAUAAUAAGUCAACUUAUUUUCCACAUACACUAGUCCCGGUAUAUAGUGUAUGCAAUAUAUUUUAAAAAAAAUGGAACAUUUGAUUGGAUAAGAAAGUGGGGCAAACGGUAAAAAAAAAUUAUUCAUAUAGACUUUAGAGAUAGAUCUACUAUAGAGAUAGAUCUACUUUCUUAAACGAAAAAAGGCAUCCGUUCAAUCAGCGUUUAAACUGUAUACCCGGUACUGUGACGACUCGAUUCCAGGAACUCAAUACAGUGACGUCAAGAAUGUGUAAACACAGGUUAAAACUUUACUCGUUGGAAAUUGGAACAGAUGCAUUUGUCUGGCUAUAGGAGACGGAGUGAUUUGUAUAAAGAAACCCACGAGGUAGGAUACAAAGUUCAAUAAAUAUAUUAUAGUAUAAUGGAAAGAAAUCAGGAAACUUCAGGAGAUAAAACCACAACAGAAUCACCAAUGAGAUAUAAAAAGGGUGGAAUUUCCAAAUAUGAUGCAGAGAAGAGGGAUAGGAUAAAACACGAUGAUAGACAUGUUAUUGAUCAUGCUAAUAAACCUUCUACAAAAACAAAAGAUCAUAGAAAGCAAGAUACUUUAGACAAGAGGACACAUAAAACAAAUGAUAAACCUGAUUCUAGUGACGCCAGAAAACAUCAUUCAAGAUCGAAAGAUCCUGAAAAACAAGACCUUCCAGACAUGAGGGUAAACAGAUUUAGUGGUAGGAAUCACGUAAACACUUCUACAUUUUUAGUAGUUUCUGCCUUGAUUUUCGAUGCCAUUAUAGUGUUUGGAGUGUUAAGCCUUGUGUACUUGACACAUUUGAGUACCUUGAAAAUCCCAGAUGGAUAUAUGCUUGUGCAAAAGCACGUUACAAAUACAACAAAUCAAACGAUAGAGCAAACUAGUAUCAUGACAAGUUUAACAACAGAGGCAGCGAGUAGUACAAUUUCAUCCGUUACAGAUAAAACAUUACACGCUACAGAGCAAAGCAGUAUCUUGACAACUUCAAGUUUAACAACAGAGGCAGCGAGUAGUACAAUUUCAUCCGUUACAGAUACAACAUUACUAACGACAGAGCAAAGCAGUAUCGUGACAACUUCAAGUUUAACAACAGAGGCAGCGAGUAGUACAAUUUCAUCUGUUACAGAUACAACAUUACACGCUACAGAGCAAACCAGUAUCGUGACAACUUCAAGUUUAACAACAGAGGCAGCGAGUAGUACAACUUCAUCCGUUACAGAUACAACAUUACUAAAGACAGAGCAAAGCAGUAUCAUGACAACUUCAAGUUUAACAACAGAGGCAGCGAGUAGUACAAUUUCAUCCGUUACAGAUAAAACAUUACACGCUACAGAGCAAAGCAGUAUCUUGACAACUUCAAGUUUAACAACAGAGGCAGCGAGUAGCACAAUUUCAAAGGCAUCAGAUUUAGCAAAUGGGUCAACAUCUUCUACAUCAUCAACACAAACAUUAGAGGAUACAAAGACAACUUAUGAAAAGGUAACGACUCCAUUUACAACUUCAACAACAAGUCCUUCUUCAAGCUCAUCUGCACAAGAAACAACAACAAAAAUACCAGAUUGUCCUGACAACUGGAUUACUUACGGGCAGUCAUGCUAUUUGUUCAGUAACGAGUCCCUGAUUUGGACAGAUGCAAGGAUCCGAUGUGAAAACCUGAAUGGAUAUCUUGUCGAAAUAACGUCUGCUGAUGAAGAUCAGUUUCUGGUAAAACAUGCAAACUUUUCCACCAGUCAAAUAAAUGAAGAAGAAUGCUUCACGACACGUGGUUACGAAUACAGUGGCUUUAAAAGUACGACGGCAAACGGGAUUACGUGUCAGCGAUGGGAUUCGCAAACACCUCACAGACAUACAAACACUGAUGUUAAUAAAUACCCCGAGAAUUCUUUGGCUGAUGCCGCUAACUAUUGCCGGGAUCCCGAUCGUACAGGAAAGCCAUGGUGUUACACUGUAAUGUCUAGCACAAGGUGGCAAUUGUGUGGCAUCAACAGGUGUGAAAAAGGUAUGUAGCAUUUAAGCAUUUCCUUUUCAUUCUCUGUCAUUUUCAAGAUAAAAAAAAGUCAAAAUAAAAAUCAAAUACAUGUAAAAGACGAAGAGCAUCCGUUCUGCGUUUAUCCGAAAACACAAUUACUUUAUAGCGUUGUCAAAUUGUUAACAAAAUAUACAUAUUAAAUUGUAUCAGCCUCUAAAUGAAAGCUGAAGUCUUGUUUUACCUCUGUAUGAAGCUGUAUGACAACAUUCUUGUUAAGCAGAAACAACGUACUUAGAAAUAUGCAAAUUGUUAGGGUAGAGGACUUUUUAUUUUUCGAUAUUUCAAUUUUAUGCAUUCGCGGUUUCAACAUAUUGAUUUCUGGAUAUUGAAUUCAAGAAUUCCCGAUUUCAUUUUCAUGAAUUCACGCGAAAAAUAGAAAUUAAGCAAAUCUAAAGUUCAUAUUAGCUUUCAUGUCAAACUCCAGAUGAUAAAAAUAUUUCAAGAAAAUCAACCUUUGGGAAAAUCUACUAAGAUUUCAAUAAAAGUAAAAAUACAAUCACUAUUCAAAGAAUAUAUUUCAAUUAUGACAAUUUUUUACUUUUUGAUACAUUUUAAAAUUGUUCAUAAAAAUUAGCAUGAAUCUGGAGGAAUACUGCUUCAAAGAACAUGAAGUUUUUGUGUCGCCUCUACGGAGUAGUGGCGACAUAUAGGAAUCACUUCUCCGUCGUCUGUCUGUCCGUCUGUCUGUCUGUCGUCUGUCUGUCUGUCUGUCUGUCCGUCCGUCCGUCCGUCACAAAACUUGUCCGGACUACUCCUCAUAAACUACUGGUGCAAUUUCAUCCAAACUUUACAGGAAUGAUCAGUACCAAGUCUAGUUGUGCAUAUUGUCAGCAUUUUUCGGUUUAAUGAUUUUUGUCAGAGUUAUGGCCCUUUAAUAAUUUUUAUUUUUAAAGUUUGUCCGGACUACUUCUCUUAUACCACUAAUGCAAUUUCAAUGACACUUUACAGGAUUGAUCUGUAGCUCAAGUCCUUGCGCAUAUUGCACGGGUUUUUCGGUUGAAUGAUUUUUGGCCGAGUUAUGGCCCGUUGAUAAAAAGGUGUUUUUUUCUGUGUGUUGCCAGAUACACAAAAGCUUGUCUGGACUACUCCUCAUAAACUACUGGUGCAAUUUCAUCCAAACUUUACAGGAAUGAUCAGUACCAAGUCUAGUUGUGCUUAUUGUCAGCAUUUUCCGGU